AUGGACACUAAUGCUUCGACCCUGCUUGCCUAUGAUAUAUCCGUAAAUGUGUACGGUCGAGGUGACGCUGCCUUAGGUGACGGUCCGUCUCACAUGGGCAUCGCCAUCUAUGAACUAGGUUCGUCCACUUGUGAGAUGUACCACAUCCGCAACCCAAAAGACACUGAUUUCAUCUAUGAUCCACGGCCACAACCCAUGGAAGAUCCGGUACUGCGAGGGCGUUGUGAACUUGCCAUCUUUUCAUCCCAACAGAAGGAGCUCGUGACCCGCGCCGUCUCCAAAUUCGGGGGAGACGCAUCCAAUAUCCCAGAGUAUGGUGUAGGGAAUUGCCAAAACUGGGUUGAAAAUGUGAUAAUGAUGCUCGAGCGUGGAGGCUUUGUGGGUCGUGGUGAGGGUGCGUUCUGGCAUGGCAUGAUCAACAAGAGUGCCGACUUUAUGCGAGAUAGAUGUAUUGCAAGUGGCUGA